AGUCAUUUUUUCACACUGUGCUACGCAAUGGUCCACAAUGCGAGACAUUUGUAAAAACAAACUUACGUGUAACAAAUUGGAAACGCAAGCUAGGAUGUCGUUGUCAAUACAAGCAUGUUGUAGACUGGUGUGGAUGUUCACCCAAUGAUUUCAAACCAGAAGAUAUACCAAGACUACAGGUGGGAAAUAAACGGCAUUAAAUUAAAACUACACUAAUUUAUUUAUAUACUGGAUAAAACUGUUCUUCCUCGAGGUCCAGUAAGAGUCAUCUCUUAUUGAUCCGGUGUUACUACUGGAGGAAACCUAAACUAAACUAACUUUAUUUAUACUGGAUAGCUCUAUCAGUUCUAAAUUGUUCUUCCCAGAGGUCCACCAAGGAUCAUCUCUUCUUAUUCAUCCAGUAUUACUACAGGAGGAAACCUAAACUAAACCAACUUUAUUUUUCUGGAUAGCUCUACAGUAUCAAAGGGUCAUCUCUUUUUGAUCCAGUGUUACUACAAGAGGAAACCUACACUAAACUAAUUCUAUUUAUGCUAAAUAGUUCUAUUGGUUCUAAACUGUUCUCCCUAGAGGUCUAUUAAGAUCAAUUUCAAUUGAACAAAUCUUAUGUUAUUUCAGAGAUCCAAGUACGAUUUAUUCGCGAGAAAAUUCGAAGCGAUUGUGAAUCAGAAAGUCAUCAACCUUUGGGACGAAUAUUUAUUUGGGAAAUUUUCUCUGGAAACCCCGGCGCUUGCCACAUACUGGGAAAAUUUCUACCACUACCUAGAUGAUGACCGCAGGCUCAAUGAUGCCCUGCGCACGUACUUUGCGUCAUUUGGUCGCUUAGCAACGAGACACGUCAGUUCUACCUAUUGCAAGAACCUUCCGAUUGGCGAAUUCAAGGAGAUUACAUAUUUGAACCAAGAUGACGUGUUUAGCGGGAUGUUGAUUUUGCAAGAGAUUAGUUUGAAAGGAGGAAGGAGUAUUACAAUGGAGACAUGGUUGUCUAGAGCUGAUCAAGAGCAAAUGAUGAAUUUAAAUAUGAGCGAGGGGCCCAACCGCCUGGCUGGAUUACAGGUUAGUUACUACUGGUUGCUCAUUAGCUAGAAUCUCCCAUAGUUGUCGCUGAUUGGCUACAAGCUAACACACACACAAAGUUGCACGCAUGAUAGCAAAACAAACAGACUAGACUUUAUUAAGAACAAAUGAAUUUGGAUAUGAUGAGGAACCAAUUAAGGAGUCCUGCUGGAUUAAAUGUUAGGAAUGUGAAGGCGGGGGUGGGGGGUGGAACCACCGAAGAGAAAUGUUUUUCUUGGUAAGAAUUUUGCUGUUCCAACCAUUGAAAUAAGGAUACCAUUCAGUUGUCACACAUGUCCUUCAGUACCACUUCUGUGACAUGAGGUUGAUAACUGCUUGUGCAAUUUCCUGCGGUGUAAAGUUUCAUGUACUCUACAUAUACUUUCUUUGGAGACACGACUUGCCUCCUGACAGUGCCUCUGAUUGAUUUACAUAUUGUAUUGACAUAUGACUGUUGACAUUGCUUUUUAGUCUUCAAUAUUUGAGUGAGUCAUGCUUUGGAAAUGACAAUAAAUUUGUAUUACCCAACCCUCGAGUUUUGUUUUUCAUUUACACAAUCUUUUACUCACUCAGAAUUUUGUUUACCCAACCCUUUUCUCUUCGGUCGGCCACCAUAAAUAAUGACCGGGCACUCAACAAUGUACGAUCCUCUCUCAUGUAGGUGGGUACAAGCUGGGAUGAGAAAGAGAGAAUGUUUAGGAACCAUGGUCGACUUAUGGGACCAUGGGAUGACCCGGUAUUAGUACAUUACUGGAAGAAAGGAACACCGUUUAACAUCAAACUUAUGUGGAUUGACCCGAUCAGCGUGGUCACAGGCGUUUACGAGAUGCGAGUUGCGGACGACUGGGUGGUCUCCUUCCAUAAACCAACUUACAAUAAACCACUUCGUCCUGGCACAUGGACAGUGAAAAUGGUUUAUCGUGAAGAAGGGGGAGCUGACUUGGUUAUAGGUCAAACGAGUUUUUUGAUCAUACCUCUUGCCUUUAAAAAGGGCAUCGCGAUCGACCCUGAUCAGGCGAUUGCCUCAAACGCCGGUCCGCCUGCAGGAAGGUAUACCUCACAGUACACUAUAGAAUUUGAUAGAGAGUCGGCGAAUAUAGAUGUGCUUGCGAAUGUGGCGUCGUUGAACUCGAAAAAGACUGGACAAGAGUUACACGAGUGGAUAGACACUUUGGUAAAGGAGAACUGGUCUAUUGAAGACGCAUGCGCGGUUGGAAGUGAGGUACGGGAAUGUGAUGGAUUGGUACAGUGUGAACUGACGUCAUGGAGUUCGCGGUCACCUGACCCCAAGUCUGAAAUUGGUCAAGUUGGCGUGAAUGGUACACUAAGGUGAUCGCUAGGGAAAUACAUAGAAUGGUAAAUGUGGUCACAGAUGGAUUCAUAUGGAUUGAACUGUAUGUAUUAAGUGACAUGGUGGACUUUUCCGAUGACAGAGGGAUAUAUUAAAUGAUAGUUACAGGGUACUGUGGUCAACAGAGGGAUAUAUGAAGUGAUGAAUGGGUACUUGUGGUCACAUAGGGAUAGAUGAAAUGGCGAUAAAUGGGUACUUUAUGGGAUAGUGGUAGGGUAACUGUGUGAAAAUCGCGUGGUAUUUAUUGUCACAUUGGGACAUAUUUAGUGAAAACCACAGGGUACGUGUGGUCACAGAUGGACAAAUUCCAAAAAGUGUUAGACUUGAGCAACUAUAUCAGUAUGUAUUUAUGAGAAACAUUUUCAAAACAUAUCCGCAUUUAUAAAUUAAUGUCCAAGAAUUUUCUGACAUACGCAAAGAACAUCACCCAAAGCGCGCACGUUGAACGAACUUUGAAAAGUUCAUUUUCAAUGUUUAUAAAUAAAUUAUAUCAUUCAUACAAUUGGUGUUAUUUGUAUAACAAUCCCAACGAGACAAAUGAUCCGUCUGGACAAACUUGGACAAAG